UCCAGUGUCUGAGCCUCCCCCGCGCAGGGUGCGCCCGCCCCGCACACUUAUCCUGCCCCGGAGCAGCGCGGGCACCCAGCCCUCGCUCCACAGCCGCUGCGAGAUGCUGCGCUCCACGUCCACCGUCACCCUGCUCUCAGGUGGCAGCACCAAGUCGCCCGGGACGCCUAGUAGGAGGGCAAAUGUCUGCAGACUGCGGCUGACUGUGCCCCCUGAGAGUCCGGUGCCCCAGCAAACAGAAAAGAAGAUUGAGAGGAAAGAUCAGCCUCCAGAAGUAAGCAAUGGGGAAUCUACCAGGAAGCUUCCUCAGGGUGUUGUCUAUGGUGUGGUGCGGAGAUCCGAUCCCAAUCAACAGAAGGAAAUGGUGGUGUAUGGCUGGUCCACCAGUCAGCUGAAGGAAGAGAUGAACUACAUCAAAGACGUGAGGGCCACUCUGGAGAAAGUGAGGAAGCGGAUGUAUGGAGACUAUGACGAGAUGAGACAGAAGAUCCGGCAGCUCACCCAGGACCUGUCAGUAUCCCAUGCUCAGCAGGACUAUCUAGACAGUCACAUCCAAACCCAGUCAUCAGCUCUGGACAGCUUCAAUGCCAUGAACUCGGCGUUGGCAUCAGAUUCCAUUGGCCUGCAGAAAACCCUUGUGGACGUGACCUUGGAAAAUAGCAACAUCAAGGAUCAAAUCAGACAUUUGCAGCAGACCUAUGAAGCGUCCAUGGACAAGCUCCGGGAGAAGCAGAGGCAGUUAGAGGCUGCUCAGAUGGAAAACCAGCUGCUGAAAAUGAAGGUGGAGUCAUCGCAAGAAGCCAACGCUGAGGUGAUGCGGGAGAUGACGAGGAAGCUGUACAGCCAGUAUGAAGAAAAAUUGCAGGAGGCCCAGCGCAAGCACAGUGCGGAGAAGGAGGCCCUCCUGGAAGAAACCAAUAGCUUUCUGAAAGCUAUCGAAGAGGCCAAUAAAAAGAUGGAGGCAGCUGAGCUCAGCCUGGAGGAGAAGGACCAAAGGAUCGGGGAGCUGGACAGACUGAUUGAACGCAUGGAGAAGGAACGGCAUCAACUCCAGCUGCAGCUCCUUGAGCAUGAAACAGAAAUGUCAGGGGAGAUCGCAGAUUCUGACAAGGACAGGUACCAGCAGCUGGAGGAGGCAUCAGCCAGCCUUCGAGAGCGGAUCAGACACCUGGAUGACAUGGUGCAUUGCCAGCAGAAGAAGGUGAAGCAGAUGGUAGAGGAGAUCAUGUCGCACGAGCUGUUCUCCACAUUUAGUCUCCGGCUCUUUGGAAGAUGAUCAGAUGGUAGAGGCAGAGGUGGCCGCAUCUCACACUCUGCGGGGAAGAGCUGGUGCUUAUCUGUGCUGAGCCUUGGAACAAACAGGAAAGACACGCUAUUCAGAGGAAACCUUGGCCCCUGUGGGGCCCUCGUUUGUGAAAACACUCUCAGACAGUAGCCUCCAUACAUGUAACCUCAAACUGCGGAUCAAAGAGACCUCAGAGAUCCACAGGAUAAUUUUUUUUUUUUUUGAACUUGGGUUUCUAGACAUCAGAGCAAGAACUGCACUGACAAAAAACAAAACAAAACAAAAAAAAGACUAUUAAAAAUGAUUCAGGAAGUGCCAGGUGCAACAGCCGCAGAAGAUGAGGAAGAGAGUCGAAGAGCGUCAGAGCUCUGGGAAGGAGGCGCCCCUCCCUGGAUCACAAUCCCCCAAACGCAGAUGAGACCAAACGUCCUCAUGGUUUGGUUGUAUUUGUAUAUGGUGGACCUCACAUUUGGAGAUGGCGUUCUGGGUGUCCUUUCCGAAUGACUGUCUGUAGUCAAUGUCAGUUCUUGUCUCCCUCUUCUUGUUUAAGGAGAGUUCAGUUUGUCCCUCUGGGCAUUUUGCCUGCACAGAAAUGGCUCAACCCACUUCAGGGAAAGUGGGAGUAUGCCCAGUGAAAAGAGAAAUACACCUAGCCAGCAUGUAUGGAAGUGGGAUGGUCCAGGAGCGCUUUGCAAAUGGUUUAUCUUCAUAGAGCCCUUUGCUCGUAACCAGUAUGCUGUUAUUUCAUCAGAAAGGGGUGCUGGACACUAGUGGGUGGCAUGGUAACAGUUUUAGUUAAGGGUGGUAUUAACUUCCCUAAGCCAGUAGAUUGGGGUGAUGGAGUGAGUGAGUAUCCCUCUAACCUUGGCAUUUCUGCAAGUGUUUUGUAAGAAAGUGUGUUUGUUGGGGGCAUGGAGGGAGCUCCUGUCCCAUCAGUGUUUGCCCUUGUUUUUCCAUGUUGGUGCUCUGGUCAAUUCCAGCAAAUGAGACAAUUCCAUGCCUUGGUGGAAUGAACAUGAAUGUGGCCCAUUUAGAGACAAACCGCACAUACUCAGGAGGAAUUUGGGGGGAGCUGGAGUCAGAGUGGAAAAUCACACAUCCCCCUCAUGACAGAGGUGGUGACUUGCCUGCACUGUGCCUAGGGACUCAGCCUUUGGCAUGUCUUCUGGAACAAAUCAUUACCCAGUUUCAGAAGGGGAAAAUCACAGGGCUGAAGGGAGUGGCCUGGAACCUCAGAGAAGGUGGGUGUGCUUUUGUCUGUCUGAAGUUUCUCAUCUUGGGCUGUGGUCAGUCCCUGGAAGCCAGAGGUGCCUUGUUCUUCGGAGCAGAUGUGCUGUGAACACCACUCUCCACAUGUUUUGUGAAGGCUGCUCUCUCCUCCUGUCCUGCCCCUGGCUGUAGGCUAAUCGGUCAUCUUAGAUCUGGGUCCUUUGCUUCUCAAGGACUUCUUACUUCCCUGUCUUCCUACCUAGGUUGGCAUGGUAUCAACUUUGACCUAACUCACUACCACACCUGACUCAUAUUCGAACCUUUAUCACCCUAUUCCCUUCUUUCCUUCCCGGGGUCUUAUUUGGACCUUUUGCCUGGACUCCUAAGGCUGCAUCUUGUCUCCUGGCUGCUCUCCAUCCCAUCCAAAGGAGGUACUGCUUAAGACUUGAAGCAGGAUUUAUUUAUAGCUGGUGUUAUUGUUUCAAAGUCUGGUGGUUAGCAUAGUAUAGUCACUUCUUUAUUUUAAAAUAUUAAUACUUUAUUAAAACAUGAACUUUGUAGAAGUGUCACAAAGAGCACAGUUGGGUCAGCCUUUCUUCCCUAGGUAUUCUAGAAAAUGAAAACAAAAACAAACACAAGAGCAGACAGGUCGGGCAUGGUCAGAGCAUUUAGGGCAUCAUCUUUGUCAUCUGGUAAAUGCUCCCUGUGGAUGGGAGGCAGAGUGUUGUUCUCUGCUGGCCGGCCAGGCUACUUCGGGAACAAAUGCUCAUUUCCUUCACUGAGUUUUUAAAUCAGUUUCUUUAUCGCCCCUCCUGGUAAUUUGUACAAACUCUCUGUAUUGUUGUCAUGGAGCGUUUAUUGAAAAAAUACUUGGGCAACGUUAUCACCCGCUGCCAGUCAGUGGGAUUCGUUUGUGACAUCUCUUACAUAAAUGCUGAGUUUUUCUAGGCUUAUAGUUACCGAUUUUUCCACUGUGUUGUAUUUCUUGUUUGUCAUUUUCUGUAAUAGUUUUAGAGUUUGUUUGUCGUCUUUAUCUUUUAUUGCAACCCACGUGUCUGUCCCUCCCCCUUUCCAUCCACAUUUUUUGUCUAUGGCGCUUAUACCAUAUUUGGUGUGUUUUGCCCUUGUUCCUCUGUUGCCGUUCUACUUGUUUUGUUUGUGUCUCUCUCCUUCUUGUAGAAUGGAAGCUCUGUGAGGGCAGGAUCUUUGGUCUGUUUUGUUCAUGACUGUAUUCCUAAUAUGUAGAAUGAUCACUGGUAUCCAGUAGGUGCUCAAUAAAUAUUAUUUUUGGACAAAUAAAGGCUAAGCCAUCUGGAAUUUA